GAUCUGUCGGCGCGGACUGCGACAGUGAGAGAAUGGACAUCGACCUGGUUCAGUCUCUUCUAUGAUUACCAGACAUACUUGCGUCAUGAGCAUGGAGGUUUGUGAGUCAUCUUGAAGACGUCCUGUGUCUCUGCUCCCUGCAUGUCAGACCUGCUUCUCUCCAUGGCACCUGGACUGUAACCCCUCCCUCAGGAGAGAGCCCCGCCUCCUUCUCCCUUCUGUCCACAACCAGACGUUCCCCUGACCCCUGACCCCUGACCCGUCGCUAUGGGCACCGUGCUGUCCCUAUCCCCUGGCGCCAGGAAGCCUGGCUACUAUGACAACCAUUCAGGGUCACUCAGCCACUACCCCAGCCUCAGCGGCCGGCCUCUCAGCGUGCAGAGGGAGGGCGGCCUCAAGCGAGGCCAGGCCAUCUUCCUCCCGGCCCUCACCUGGAAGAGGCUGGUGGCCUCCACCAAGAAGCGCAGCAGCUCCAGGAAGGGCUGUCCUGCAGGGGAGCUGUCCGGCCCUUUGAACAACAACAUCAGCCUCUACCAGAAGGACCCUGUGCUGCACCGCAACCGCGACAACGUCAAGAAGUCCCUGUCCUGUGCCAAUCUGUCCAGCUAUGGGGGCCCCGGGGGGCCGGGGCCGGGGCUGGGGCCGGGGCUGGGGCCGGGGCUGGGGCUGGGGCUGGGGCUGGGCCACCACUAUGGCUAUGGGAGGCCCCAGCAGAUCUCUUCAGUCAAGAAGGUUCCCCAGGGAACACUGCCGUCGUCUCCCAAGCGCGUCAUUGUGCAGGCCUCCACCAGUGAGCUGCUCCGCUGCCUGGGAAGGUUCCUGUGUGGACGCUGUUACCGGCUGAAGCACCUCUCCCCGGCCGAGCCGGUGCUGUGGCUGCGGGCGGUGGACCGCUCCCUGCUGCUGCAGGGCUGGCAGGACCAGGCCUUCGUCACGCCCGCCAACGUGGUGUUUGUCUACAUGCUGUGCAGGGAGGUGGUGGAUGGAGAGCUGGUGGCGUCAGAGCAUGAGCUGCAGGCCACACUGCUCACAUGCCUGUACCUGUCCUACUCUUACAUGGGCAACGAGAUCUCCUACCCCCUCAAGCCUUUCCUGGUGGAGGCGGGGAAGGACGCCUUCUGGGACCGCUGUCUGGCCAUCAUCGAAGCCACAAGCUCCAAGAUGCUGCGCAUCAACGCUGACCCUCACUUCUUCACUCUGGUGUUCGCUGAGCUGAAGAGCGAAGGAGGGGGCAGCCCUCAGGAUUACAGCAGAGUGCUGGACCGAUGAGGGGGGGGGUCGGCUACACAC